AUGGUUCGAGGAGUCUGUCUGGGAUUUUUUGAUUUAACACUGGUUUUCCUCCUGCUGUGCUCUGUCACAGUCUUGUUGCUGAUGGAUCACCGCAGAGAUGCAGAGGAUGACGAGGAGCUAAACAAAGCUAUUUUGGAAAUGCUACAUAUCAAUAAAGUGUCUGCGAGCCAUCAGGUCAAACCACAUCCCUACAUGAGGAGGGUCUAUCAGCGUCUGGACUCACUGGAGGCUCAAGACUUUGGGAGAUCAGAUGGAACGCUGGUGCAGAGUUUUCGGAGUGUUGUUGGCCCAGAUGAGGCUCCUCUAGGCUGGAUCUGGUUCAAUGUCAGCAGUUUGAACCCUUCCAUGCUGGGUGCAGAGUUGGUUCUGUUUAGAAAAACCCUCCAUCCCCAUCCCCUGAGUGUAACUGUCACCCUGCACAGUGUCACUGCUUCAAAGGGAGCUCUACAGGAGACUCCAGCUCUGGAGGAGAGACUACUGACUCUGGACCAGCGACCCUCAUCUGGAUAUGAUGUGUUUGAUGUGUCAGCUGUUCUGGCUAUGAAGCCUGUGGAGGUGGUGGGCUUUCAGCUGCGUUAUACAGACGAGAGUGGGAGUCUGGUCCUUCAUGAAGCCCUAACACAGAGACUGUACUGUCUGAGUAGAGGCUCUCUGAGUGAACCCUUACUGGUGCUUUACCAAGCACACCCCUUCCACAUCUAA